CCAUUUUCGCUUCAGUUUUCACAGAGUUCAGUCGCAUUUCUUCGAUCGAGACAGUUUUCUAAGGCCUUUUGACGCUCUUUUCAUUUAAACAGAUGUCUGACUUCAUGGGAACGAACAGCAAGUCGGCCUACGCCCUUGCCUUGAAGUACAUCCUGUCCGGCAGUCAAAUUGAAAAUGGGGGAUUUCCGACUAAAUUGGAAUCGGGAUUUGUGAAGACUGCGCCGCGCAAAUCUAUCCAUGAAUGCACAAGGGAUGAUGACAUCUUUGCGCUGGAUUGUGAGAUGGUCACCACAAGGGUUGGAAAAGAGCUUGCUCGAAUCUCUGUGGUUGAUAUUCAUGAGAAUGUCGUGCUUGAUGCCUACGUGAAGCCAAGUAAUGGAAUCUUGGACUACAACACUCCAUCUUCAGGGAUAACCCCCGAGAUGAUGGCGAAUGCAACACGAGAUCUGGCUUCAGUCCAGGCAGAACUUCUCCGGAUGUUCCAUUCCCGGACUAUCAUUUUGGGGCACGGCUUGGUCAAUGACUUUCUCGCUUUGAAGCUCAUUCACGAUCAUAUCAUAGAUACAUCAGAUAUCUAUACCAAUGAAUUGGGGGCUCGCUCCCUCAAGGAUCUCUCUAAAGAGAAGCUGGGCCGAACCAUUCAAGUAUCUGCUCACAGCAGCGUUGAAGAUGCUCAAGCUGCCAUGGCAUUGUUUAAGUACUUCAUGUCCCAGCGAUGCUAAAGAGUCCAAGCCACUCCAGGUAUUUCCAUCUUUUUCUCCUUCUUCAUUUUAACUCUUCAGUAAAUUGCUGAAAUGCUUUAGCUCAACAUGAAAUAAUUUAAAUGAAUUAAUAGAGCAAGCUGGAGUUAAUUUUUCUCUAUAAAAUGUACAUUGAAAUAUGUGAUGGAAAUAAAGAGAUUUAAGGCUUUGUGAAGAAAA